GUGCAGGGGAGUGGAGAGACGCUGGGAGAGGACUCUCACACACUCACACACUCAUCACACACUCCCCACGCACACACGCAACACACACUCCGAGGGAAGAGACGCACAAAGCUCCGCAGCUCCGCGCUGACAUUCUGCGCUCUUUUCUCUUCUCUCUCGGCUCCAGAGGAAGGAAAAAGUUUUCACGCAGUGAGGAGAGGACACGCGGAAGACGCACAGCCUCUGCCUCGGUGCUGGUUCCGCUGCGUCCUGGAAGUUGAAGGUUCCGCCGGUCUGCGCGCUGCGCUACUCCUGCGGGAUCUCAUUCUGUGGGAUUCCUUGUUUCUCUCUGCUGUGCGCCAAGCGACGGGCUGUUGUUGUGUUUGGUGAAAACUGAAGAGCACGAAGAGGAAUACAGGAAAGGAAGAGGAUCCGGACCAGGGCGCGCCAAAAGGGGCCAAACACUCAGCAGGCAUGGCGGCGGUGUUGCCCAGAACCCUGGGUGAGCUGCAGCUCUACAGGAUCCUGCAGCGCGCUAACCUCCUCUACUACUACGAGGCUUUCAUCCAGCAGGGCGGCGACGACGUGCAGCAGCUGUGCGAGGCCGGUGAGGAGGAGUUCCUAGAGAUCAUGGCUCUGGUGGGGAUGGCCAGCAAGCCGCUGCAUGUGCGGCGCCUGCAGAAGGCGCUGCGGGACUGGGUCACCAACCCGGCCAUCUUCAACCAGCCGCUCACCUCGCUGCCCGUCUGCAGCAUCCCCGUCUACAAGCUGCCCGAGGGUUCCCCCACGCUGCUCAGCGCCCAGGACCGCUCCAACACCGCCAGCGUGAAGAUCCCCAAAGCCAUCGCUGCCGCCUGCUCCGACCCGGGGAAGCUGGACGUGGCGAGAGAGAAGGUUUCCACCGGGUCGCCCCUGCAGGGGAGCAGCGAGGUGCGGUUCUGGUCGGGCCACAGCAACGACAGCGAGCACAGCCUGUCUCCGUCGGAUCUGGGCUCGCCGUCGUCCCCCAGAGACGCCAUGGAGGCCCUGGACGCGGCGGCGGUGCAGUCGGUCCUGGAGUGCGUGGACAGGAUGGCGCCUGGACUUCCUAAGACGGACCCGGCGGACGUCAAAGAGCAGCUGAAGAACAACAAGAAGCUGGCCAAGAUGAUCGGACACAUCUUUGAGAUGAGCGACGACGACCCGCGGAGGGAGGACGAGAUCCGGAAGUACAGCGCCAUCUACGGGCGCUUCGACUCCAAGCGGAGGGACGGAAAACACCUGACGCUGCACGAGCUGACGGUGAACGAGGCGGCGGCUCAGCUCUGCAUGAGGGACACGGCUCUGCUGACGCGCCGCGACGAGCUGUUCGGACUCGCCCGGCAGAUCUCCAGAGAGGUCACCUACAAAUACACCUACCGCACCAGCAAAUCUCGGUGUGGAGACAGAGACGAACCGUCGCCUAAAAGGAUCAAAACCGAGGAGAACUUCUUCGACAUCCAGGAGGCGCUGCAGGCCAUCCACAUGAGGCAGGAGAUGCUGAGGGAGCAGCUGGCCUGCGCCAAGUCCAAAGGAGAGGAGACGGUCGGACGCAACCUGCAGAUGCAGCUGGAGCGCCUGCUGGCGAGGCAGAUGGAGAUCCUGCAGGACGCCGCCGUCCAGGAGCGGCUGCAGGCUCUGGACUGGAGGAUCCCGCCCGCUGCGCUCAAGUACCUCAACGACCACCAGAGCACCAACGGAGCCGCCGGUGCCGCCGACCUCAGCCGGGACAGCCAUGAUGAUCGACCAAUCAACCUGCGGGUGGUCAGUCAGAACAUGCAGGAAGGAGACCUCCCAUUGGGCAAGCAGCUAGCCAAUGAGCUGAAGCGCCAUCACAACCACAACCACAACAACAACAACCACAACAGCAGCAGCAGCACAGACGAGGCCAAAACACCAGCAACAGAAAACGGGACGUCACAGCGAGCGUCCGGCAACGCCGAGAAGAAAAUCAUCAAAUCAGAGCCAGAAGACUCCACAUAGUGCCUCCCGCCUCUCCAUCAACCCACCCUCUUCAUUCUACUCGACAGUAUGCAGUAAUCACCCAUCUAUAGAUACUAAGCAAGCACAGCCACAGCAGAGCCUUAACAACCAACGUUGCCUCAUGAAUAGCAUUUAUUUUAAUUUGUCUUUGUUUUUAAAAGUAUUUGCCAAAGCACCUGGAGAGCACAUCAGGAAGCCCCUCGGUGCUCUUUGUGUUUUCUUUGGAUGUUGAUGUGAGUUAAACUCGGUACCUCUGCUUUCUGUGCCAGGGCCUGAAUCUUAACUCCACUUCUACUGUGGAGGCCGAAGCAUCGGUUGGUGUUGAUGCAGUUAGCAAUUUCUGUUUUUAAACAAUCGUGUCGCAAACAUGAUCGGCUUGCUAAAUCCACACUGUUGUUGCGCUCAUUCAGGGCAAAGGUCACGAAAUCAGUCUUGGGAGUGAACUGCAAACAUUUUACCAGGCAGUUAUGGUUUAGUUUCUAGUGCAAAUAUCUGAGUACACUUGAAAUAAGACAAAAUUAACUUAAGCAGCUUGUUGUAAGUGAAUAAUCCUUAAUAUUGGUGAGAAAAUACUGGAUCCGCUGGCAGAAAUGUUUUGAGUUAAAUGAUAUAAUCUGCAACUGGAACUAAAACUUUUUCAUUAAUAUUUAGGAAUUAUUCAC